UGUCUGAAACUUCUUAAUUUUUGACAAAGUCUCUGUAACGCGUUAUUGAAAGUCACCUCCUUUAUGUCUUCUGCAAUUUCCUUUAAGAUUUAGGACCCACAUGACUGCACAGCCACUUUCCAACCUUUUCCUAGCAAAUUUUUUCAUGUAAUAUUAUCUUGUCCCAAGCACAAUAUAUAGUGUUAUUACCAUUUUUCUUUCAAUCCACCAACCAAUUUGUAACUAUUCUUUCUACAAUCUUUGUCCAAAUUCAGUUUCUCCUAUUCAGUCUAUUGCCAUUUACACCCAUGUCUGAUGCAGUAAUAACUGUAAUCCUCACCCAGGUGGCGACAAUCAUGGAACAACAGAUCAGGCGGCAGGUGAGAUUAGUAUCUGGGGUUGGAAAAGAAGUCAAGAAACUCAAAAGUGCAUUUGAGUCCAUUAAGGCCGUUCUUGUUGAUGCUGAGAAGAGACAGGUGAAGGAAGAAUCAGUCAAAGUUUGGCUCGAAAAGCUCAAGGAUGUUUCCUAUGACACCGAGGAUGUUUUGUCUCAGUGGAUAACAGCAAACCUGAAGGCAGAGAUUGAAGGCCCUGGAAGUCAUUCUUCUCCUACUAAAAAGGUAUGCUCCCUCGUUACUUUACCUUGUCUCGGUUGCAAUAGAGUCUCCCUUCGUCGUGAUAUAGCUCUCAAGAUUAAAGACAUCAAUGAAAGACUCGACGUUAUUGCCACUGAGAAAGAUAGGUAUAAAUUCAAUGUUAUAAUGGGAUCCCCUGAUAGGCCUAAAACUACGUCUUUCAUCGUCGUGCCAGAUGUACAAGGUAGAGACAUUGAUAAGAAUACUCUAGUAAGCGAGUUGUUGUCAAGCAGCCAUCAAGAACAGGGGCUUAAUGUAGUUUCUAUAGUGGGCAUGGGGGGCAUUGGUAAGACGACGCUAGCACAAGUAGUUUACAAUUGUAGUGCUGUGAUUGAGCAUUUCGAGAGACGAAUGUGGGUGUGUGUGUCGGAGCCUUUUGAUGAGGUCCGAAUUGCCAAAGCCAUUUUGGAAGAUGUUGAAGGAAGUGCCCCAUACUUAUUUGAACUCGAGACCAUAACACGAAAGAUUAGGAACCAUGUACAAGGGAAGAAGUUUCUCCUUGUUCUUGAUGAUGUUUGGACGGACGAUUUUAGGAAAUGGGAGCAGCUUUUGAACUCUCUCAGCACUGGUGCAGCUGGAAGUGCAAUUCUAGUCACCACCAGAAAUGAGAGGGUUGCAAAAGUUAUGGGAAGCAGAUAUAACCUUCCUUUAGGGCAGUUAUCGGGUGAUGACUCGUGGUCUUUAUUCAAGAGGAUUGCGUUUUUUGAGAGAAAGGCAGAGGACUGUGCAGAAUUGGAGGGAGUCGGGAGGAAGAUAUCUGAUAAGUGCAAGGGCUUACCUCUUACUCUCAAGACUAUCGGCAGUCUCAUGCGAUUCAAGAACUCAUCAAAAGACUGGCAUGAUGUCUUGAGUAGUGAGUUCUGGGAGUUGGAAGAAGCAGAAGGCCUUUUUCCUCCUCUGAUGUUGAGCUACUACGAUCUGCCCUCAACGAUGAAACGUUGUUUCUCAUUUUGUGCCAUAUUUCCUAAAGAUCAUGUCAUAGAGGUGAACAAUUUGAUCAGACUCUGGAUGGCACAAGGCUAUCUUAGUUCUACUGAGAUGGUGGAGAUGGAGGCAAUAGGUCAGGAGUACCUGCAGAACCUGGCCAUGAGGUCUUUUUUCCAAGACCUGCAGAAAGAUAAGGAUGACAAAAGAAUUUUAAGUGUAAAAAUGCAUGAUAUGGUCCAUGAUUUUGCUCAGUAUCUAACCAAGAACGAAUGCUGUGUGAUUGAAGUUAACAACGAUUUGGAACGAAAAAUGGAGUUAUCCCACAAAAGGGCCCGUCAUGUUACCUUGAUACGUUCAGAAGAUGCUCGUUUCCCUAACAUUCCGAAUGUAGAAAAGUUCUUCACAUUUUGGGUUCAAUCUUUCCAUGAUUCUCCACCUAUUGUUAGCCAACUUGACAGAGUUGAACCUGAAUUGCUGCGUCGUUUAGCCCGCGUCAGGGCGCUGGAUUUGAGCCGCAACAGAAUAGGUGAGCUUCCAAAAGAAAUUGGGAACCUGAUCAGCUUGAAGUACCUCAACUUAUCCCACAAUCCAUUUUGGGAGUUGCCAGCAAACCUGUGUGAUCUGUACAAUCUGCAAACACUGAAACUUUCUGCCUGCGACCAUCUGAGGAAACUACCUCGACAUAUUGGGAAGCUAAUCAACCUGAGGCAUCUUGAGAUCGAUCGUACCGACAGUCUCAAGACAUUGCCGAAAGGGAUAGGCAACUUGAAAUCACUUCACACACUGAGCAAAUUCAUCAUCGUUCGAGGGAAUGACAGAGGAGGCGCAACGUGCGGGCUAGAAGAUUUAAACAACCUCAACAACCUCCGCGGAUGUCUGAGGAUCGAAGGGCUGGGACAUGCUGCAAAUGCCGACGAGGCCAAGACGGCUGACCUGCAGAACAAGAACCAUCUUUCUGAGUUGCAGAUGGACUUCAGCCCUGCAGUUCAAACAGGCAGCCAACAUGAGGUGAUUGAAGCUCUUCAUUUGAACGAAAAUCUGCAAUCUUUGCAAAUCAGUUCAUACAGAGGCACUACAUUCCCUAGCUGGUUCAUGACACUAACCAACCUGCAAAAGCUUUUUCUGCAAGACUGUCAAAACUGCACAUAUUUGCCUCCUUUGGGAAGAUUGCCAUCGCUCCUAACACUCCACUUGGAGGGCAUGAACACUGUAAAGUUUCUUGGCCUUGAGUUCUUGGGGCUCGAUGUAAACGACAACGACACGAUGAACGGCGAAGGCGGACCAGCAUCAUCAUCAGAAGCAAAAACUGCAUUCCCAAAGCUGAAGAAACUGAAGAUUUCGAAAAUGCAGAGUUGGGAAGUAUGGAAUGUGAUCAGCAAUGAAAGAGAAAUCUCUGAUGAGAAUUUCAAGCUCAUGCCCCGUCUCAGGUGCUUGAAAGUGUCAGACUGCACCAAGCUGAAGGCGCUGCCGCCUCUUCUCCUCCAAAAGUCACCGUUAGGUAAACUGCGCAUCCACAACUGUCCACUGCUGCAUCAACUUUACAAGAGGAAAACUGGAGACGAAUGGAACAAGAUUUCACACAUCGCAAAAGUCAGGAUUUCUUAAAUGCUUUGAGUUCUACUAAUAAAAUUAUGUACAUACUUUUCUCAAUUUCGUUUAAUAAGUAGUAGUUGCCGUUGCCUCUCUUUAUACUUUGUUAUAACUUAUGAACGACGCCUAUCGUUUGUAUCCAUUUGCUUGGUGUCUGUGUACUGCUAUUCAAGCAUGCAUCCAUGGCUAUUUAUUUCUUGCUAUCAUGCACAAAAGUUGUCUCACUUUGAUAUGCAAAUUCAUCAGACUAAUGAAAAAACUUGAGUAACUGAUAA